AUGGUGGUGUCUAAACGGUUCAUCUUUGGCUUGAUGAGCCUUCAUCUGAUGAUGGGUUGCUCUGGUGGUAACAAGAUGUGUAAGGCCUCCAUUGGGCAUGGAUGGGCAUGUCCCCCAACUUGGUACCAGUUGGGACGCAAAUGCUACAAAGCCAUCACUGAGCCCCUGACAUGGUCUGAGGCAAAAGAUGAGUGCAUCAAGAUGGGAAGUGUCUUGGUUGUGCCACAGUCUCAGCAGGAAACUGAGUUCCUGCUCCAGCUACAACAAUCCAGCUUUUGGAUAAACUGCAAUGAUCUCCAGGAAGAAGGUACUUGGAAGUGUGAGAAUGAUGAGGCUGAGUUCUGGAACUGGUGGACUAGUCCACAGUGGGGGCCGCAACCUGAUAACUGGGGAGGUAUUGAGCACUGUGCCGGGGUGUGGGUAGAUCAAGAAGGGGAAUGGAAUGAUGUGCGCUGUGAUAGUCAACUCCCUGCAAUAUGCAACCAACCUGCACCACAGCUGCACUUUUAA